AUGUCCUGCCGCUCCUACCGGAUCAGCCCAGGAUGUGGGGUCACCAGGACCUUCAGCUCCUGCUCGGCUGUGGCCCCCAAAACUGGCAACCGCUGCUGCAUCAGUGCGGCACCCUACCGAGGGGUGUCCUGCUACCGGGGGCUGACGGGCUUCGGCAGCCGCAGCCUCUCCAACCUGGGCUCCUGCGGGCCCCGCAUGGCCGUGGGUGGCUUCCGCGCCGGCUCCUGCGGACGCAGCUUCGGCUACCGCUCUGGCGGCGUGUGCGGGCCCAGCCCGCCCUGCAUCACCACCGUGUCGGUCAACGAGAGCCUCCUCACGCCCCUCAACCUGGAGAUCGACCCCAAUGCGCAGUGCGUGAAGCAUGAGGAGAAGGAGCAGAUCAAGUGUCUCAACAACCGGUUCGCUGCCUUCAUCGACAAGGUGCGCUUCCUGGAGCAGCAGAACAAGCUUCUGGAGACCAAGUGGCAGUUCUACCAGAACCAGCGCUGCUGUGAGAGCAACAUGGAGCCCCUGUUCAAUGGCUACAUCGAGACGCUGAGGCGGGAGGCUGAGUGCGUGGAGGCCGACAGCGGGAGGCUGGCCUCGGAGCUCAACCACGUGCAGGAGGUGCUGGAGGGCUACAAGAAGAAGUAUGAAGAGGAGGUGGCUCUGAGAGCCACGGCAGAGAACGAGUUCGUGGUUCUGAAGAAGGACGUGGACUGCGCCUACCUGCGGAAAUCAGACCUGGAGGCCAAUGUGGAGGCGUUGGUGGAGGAGUCUAGCUUCCUGAAGCGCCUCUACGAUGAGGAGCUCCAGGUUCUCCAUGCCCACAUCUCAGACACCUCGGUCAUCGUCAAGAUGGACAACAGCCGGGACCUGAACAUGGACUGCGUUGUGGCCGAGAUCAAGGCUCAGUACGACGACAUCGCCAGCCGCAGCCGGGCUGAGGCCGAGUCCUGGUACCGCAGCAAGUGCGAGGAGAUGAAGGCCACGGUGAUCCGGCACGGGGAGACCCUGCGCCGCACCAAAGAGGAGAUGAACGAGCUGAACCGCAUGAUCCAGAGGCUGACGGCUGAGAUCGAGAAUGCCAAGUGUCAGCGGGCCAAGCUGGAGGCCGCCGUGGCCGAGGCAGAGCAGCAGGGCGAGGCGGCCCUGAGCGACGCCCGCUGCAAGCUGGCCGAGCUGGAGGCCGCCCUGCAGAAGGCCAAGCAGGACAUGGCCUGCCUGCUCAAGGAGUACCAGGAGGUGAUGAACUCCAAGCUGGGCCUGGACAUCGAGAUCGCCACCUACAGGCGGCUGCUGGAGGGCGAGGAGCACAGGCUGUGUGAAGGUGUGGGCUCCGUGAAUGUCUGCGUCAGCAGCUCCCGUGGCGGAGUCUCCUGCGGGGGCCUCACAUGCAGCACCACCCCGGGGCGCCAUAUUGCCUCUGGCCCCGUGGCCACCGGAGGCAGCAUCACGGUGAUGGCGCCCGACUCCUGUGCCCCCUGCCAGCCCCGCUCCGCCAGCUUCAGCUGCGGGAGCAGCCGGUCUGUCCGCUUUGCAUAG